ACUUUCCUAACCCAAAUUCAAUAUCACCAUUUUGUCUGAAAAUCAACCCUACCUGAAACAAACUUCAAUUUCCCGUCGUUUUCUUCACACAAAUUUUCCGGCGAUGUCUACGGCAACAGCCGUCAAUGAUAACAUACCUAACACCGACGUUAGCCCAAGUGACGGUGUCGGAAUUGACACGACGCCGUUUCUCACUAGCCAGAAUUCCAGGAACCGACGUUCGUUCCGUCGCCCUCCGAGCCUCAGAGGAGCUGCUGGAUUUCUACGGCGUGCAAGUAGCCGCCGAUUGAUGCGUGAGCCGUCGAUGCGAGUAAGAGAAGCCGCUGCUGAGCAAAUCGAGGAGCGGCAAAGUGAUUGGGCUUACUCAAAACCUAUAGUGAUAAUAGAUCUUUUAUGGAACUUAGCUUUUGUUAUUGUAUCGAUUUCUGUGCUUGUACUGAGCCGAAAUGAGUCUCCUUCUAUGCCGUUAAGGCUUUGGAUUGUUGGAUAUGCUUUACAGAGUGUGCUUCAUAUGGUUUGUGUUUUCGUUGAGUAUAGACGCCGACGGUUAAGGGAGUCCUCUGAAAAUUUGAGUAGUUCUGAGCAGAGAAGCGGGAGUGCUAGUUGGAAUACCGGAGUUGGGAACUUGAGUUCGGAGAGUGACGGAGGGGAGUCUGGUAAUUAUUCGCAGGAGAGGAGUCAAAACGAGGAUGAAACUAGUGUUGCCAAGCAUCUGGAGUCUGCAAACACCAUGUUUUCUUUCAUUUGGUGGAUAAUUGGGUUCUACUGGGUAUCUGCUGGUGGCCAGACUAUGCCCCGUGAUGCACCUCAACUUUACUGGCUUUGUAUCACAUUUCUGGCGUUUGAUGUGUUUUUUGUUGUUAUAUGUGUUGCUGUGGCUUGUGUCAUUGGAAUUGCUGUUUGCUGCUGUCUCCCAUGUAUUAUUGCAAUCUUAUAUGCAGUGACGGAUCAGGAAGGUGCAACUAAGGAAGAUGUUGAAAGAUUGCCUAAGUACAAGUUUAAGAGACUAGGGAACUUUGAAAAAGAGAAUGGUGAUAUCCAAGAAUCAUUUGGAGGAGUAAUGGUUGAAUGUGACACCGAUACACCUACUGAGCAUGUUCUUCCACCAGAAGAUGCUGAAUGUUGCAUUUGCCUUUGUUCCUAUGAAGAUGGAAUCGAGCUGCGUGAGCUCCCAUGUCAUCACCAUUUUCACGCAGCAUGCAUAGACAAGUGGUUGUAUAUAAAUGCGACCUGUCCUCUUUGCAAGUUCAACAUACUCAAAUAUGGCAAUCAAAGUGGCAGUGAAGAAGCAUAAGCAAGCGCCGCCACUUAUACAUCCUUCACAUUAAAGAUCUUGAUAUAAGUUCUGGGAUUCAAUCGUCUCAUCAACCGGGAAAUGCUUCACCAGGUUCAGACUCAGACAGCCCAGAACUUGCUUCUGCUCUCUUAUAUUUUCAGUAUAUAUGGCUGUUUACUUCUGUGUUCAAUAUAAUAUCCGUAUAGAUGGCAGUAUUUUGCUUUUAUAUAUAACUUCUGUUUGGUUUCUUCACGGUAUGUCUUACAAGGGCAUGUUGCAUGAAAAUAACCCAGAUUUGGUUAACCCGCCCGUAUUAUGAUUUUCUUACAUAUAUACAUAAAAAGGGUCAGAUUUAUUU